CCGAGUUCCGCUGUUGUCAACAUCCUGGGCAUGCUGCUUGGUGUUGGGGCGAUUGCUAGAGUUGAACGCACCGGCAAGGGCAUUGGCGAUGUCGCUAAGCUGAGGCGUGGAAUGACCGCAGACGACGUCGCAGCGCUUGGGUCAGUCUUCAAGAACAGUGAUGAUAAGCUGCAGAACAUUAUCAAUGUUUGCAGGCGAUUCUAG